AUGGUGCCUCCUAAUGACACACAGUUCCAUCCCAACUUUUUUGCCCUGCUGGGAAUUCCAGGGCUAGAAUAUAUGCACAUGUGGAUUGGUUUUCCAUUUUGUGUUGUGUAUUUGACCGCUCUACUGGGAAAUAUUGCAAUUCUUUCUGUGAUUCAGACUGAACACAGUCUCCAUCAUCCCAUGUUCUACUUCCUGGCUAUUCUGUCAUCUGUUGACCUGGGCCUGUCCACAUCCACUGUUCCCAAGAUGCUUGGAAUAUUCUGGUUCAACCUGAGAGAAAUCACCUUUGAAGGCUGCCUCAUCCAGAUGUUCUUCAUUCACCUGUGCACCGGCAUGGAGUCUGCUGUGCUUCUGGCCAUGGCCUAUGAUCGCUAUGUGGCCAUCUGUAACCCUCUUCACUACACAUUGGUGCUGACAAAUAAGGUGGUAUCAGCUAUAGCAUCAAUCAUCCUCCUGAGAUCCCUAGCCUUUGCAAUCUCCUUUGUUUUGCUCAUCCUAAGAUUACCAUUCUGUGGACACCGAAUCAUCUCCCACACAUACUGUGAGCACAUGGGUAUUGCUCGCCUGUCCUGUGCCAGCAUAAAGGUCAAUAGCAUCUUUGGCUUAUGUGCCAUCUCCAUCUUGGUAUUGGACAUCAUAGCCAUUGUCAUCUCCUAUGUCUACAUCCUCCUUGCUGUCUUCCACCUACCUUCCCAGGAUGCUCGACUGAAGGCACUCAGUACUUGUGGCUCACAUGUGUGUGUCAUGUUGGCCUUCUACACUCCAGCAUUUUUCUCCUUCAUGACUCACCGAUUUGGCCAAAAUGUUCCUCAAUACAUCCACAUUCUUUUGGCCAACCUUUAUGUUGUCAUCCCACCUGCUCUCAACCCUAUUAUUUAUGGGGUCAGAACUAAGCAGAUAAGAGAAAGGGUAAUUAUAACUUUCAGAUACAAAUUGUGA